GGGUGGAUGACAUCAUGGGCUAGGGAACAGCGAGCAGCCAGUGAAGCAUCCAGCCUACCGAGCAAGCCUGAGUUUGGGGUCAGGAACCGGUCUGACAAGAGAAUGGCAAUCCUGCCUGUAAACUGUCAAUAGGACUGCACAUUUGAGGAUGAACCUACCAGAAUACUGGAUCCAAAGGCGACACACCAAGAAAGAUAAUGUCAAGACAUAUUUCAGGACAUUGUGAGUGCUACUAAAGAUGUCCGAUAGUGUCGAUAUUGAAGAGAAACCACCAGCCCCCCCCUUGAGAAUGAACAGUAGUUCCCGAGACUCUUCGUUGUUGAAUCACGCCUCCAAACCACUCCCAAUGGCUCCCGAAGAGAAGAACAAGAAGGUCCGCCUGCGCUCCAUCUUCCCUGGGGGAGACAAAACAAACAAGAAGAAGGAAAAGGAACGUCCAGAGAUAUCCCUGCCCUCCGACUUUGAGCACACUAUCCAUGUGGGCUUUGAUGCUGUAACAGGAGAGUUCACUGGCAUUCCGGAGCAGUGGGCGAGACUCCUCCAGACCUCCAACAUCACCAAGCUGGAGCAAAAGAAGAACCCUCAGGCCGUCCUGGAUGUUCUCAAGUUCUACGACUCCAAAGAGACCGUCAACAACCAGAAGUACAUGAGCUUCACGUCUGGAGACAAAUCAGCACAUGGAUACAUAGCUGCCAACACUCUGAACCGACUGCUGUCGUCUGGGCCUCCUGUCAGCCUUAGAACCUGCAGCGCAUUAUUUGACAAGGGUGCCAAGACCUCGUCAUCGGAGCCCCCAAUAGCCCCGCCUGUGUCGGAGGAGGAGGAUGAGGAGGAGGAAGAGGAGGAGGAGGAGGAGGAUGAUGACGAUGAACCACCACCCGUCAUUGCACCGAGACCCGAGCACACUAAAUCUAUCUACACACGCUCCGUCAUGGAGCCCACCAAGCCUCCCACCCCCGUGAAGGAGGUCACCACCCCUCCAGAGUCCCAGGUCCAGCCGGACAACACGUCCAGCACCUUGUACCGCCACACCGACCGGCAGAGGAAGAAGUCCAAGAUGACGGAUGAGGAGAUUCUGGAGCGACUGAGGAGCAUUGUGAGUGUUGGGGACCCCAAAAAGAAGUACACUCGCUUUGAGAAAAUAGGACAGGGAGCCUCUGGGACUGUGUACACAGCCAUCGACAUUGCCACCGGCCAGGAAGUGGCCAUAAAGCAGAUGAACCUGCAGCAGCAGCCUAAGAAGGAACUCAUCAUAAAUGAGAUCCUGGUGAUGAGGGAAAACAAGAACCCCAACAUAGUCAACUACCUGGACAGUUACCUGGUAGGAGAUGAGUUGUGGGUGGUGAUGGAGUAUUUGGCCGGAGGUUCUCUGACUGACGUGGUGACCGAGACCUGCAUGGACGAGGGCCAGAUCGCUGCUGUCUGCAGAGAGUGUCUGCAAGCGCUGGACUUCCUCCACUCAAACCAGGUGAUCCACAGAGACAUCAAGAGCGACAACAUCCUUCUGGGGAUGGACGGCUCCGUCAAGCUGACGGACUUUGGCUUCUGCGCCCAAAUCACCCCGGAGCAGAACAAGCGCAGCACCAUGGUGGGAACGCCCUACUGGAUGGCUCCAGAGGUGGUGACUCGCAAGGCCUACGGGCCCAAGGUGGACAUCUGGUCCCUGGGCAUCAUGGCCAUUGAGAUGGUGGAGGGAGAACCUCCAUACCUCAACGAGAACCCCCUCAGGGCUCUGUACCUGAUAGCCACCAACGGCACGCCAGAGCUCCAGAACCCGGAGAGGCUGUCGUCUGUGUUCAGGGACUUCCUCAACCGCUGCCUGGAGAUGGACGUGGACCGCAGAGGCGCGGCCAAGGAGCUCCUCCAGCAUUCCUUCCUGAAGUUAGCCAAGCCCCUCUCCAGUCUGACCCCCCUGAUUGUAGCAGCAAAGGAAGCCAUUAAGAACAGCAGCCGCUAGGGGGCGCCGUGUGGCCACACACAUACACACACACACACGGCGCUGUCUCCCUGGUGUGUGGGGUUUGAGUGAUGUGUCCCAGCUCGAGGACGGACACCUGCAUCAUGCUGAGGAUUGACAAACCACAUCCAGGCAGGAGCCGGCUCCACCUGCUCCUCCUGUCCUCCUCCUGUCCUCCUCCUGUACUCACGGAGCAGUUAGUCAGAAAUGCGCGAGCGCGCACCUGGCGCGUGUGUGUGUUUGUGUGCGGUUCCCGAAGAGAAAAAAAAGAAAGAAAAAAAGACAAAGGAAAAAUUACGAAAAAACUACUUUUUUUUUCAGGAAUGACAGAGCAAGAGAGAGAAGCAGGGAGAACAGCGGCAUUAGGAGCUUGUAUUUUCUUCACUGUCCAGCUUGUCUCUCUUCUCCUCCAGCCCCUUCUAGAAGACACAACCAGGCCACACACCUGCAGUGACCAAUAGACAUGAGACAUACUCUGGGCCUCUGGAACCACCUGCAUGACUUUGGCUCUGUAUAACCAAUCCGCUCAUCCUUUGCAGACGAUCCUGUGUGUGUGUGUGUGUAUGUGUGUGUGUGUGUGCGUUUGUGUGCGUUUGUGUUUUUUUGCUGGGGGUAUUAAUAUAAGAAAAGUAGGAAUGUAGAGAGGUAGCGAAUAUCCAUCACAGCCAUAUGGAUUUUGCACUCCUGGGUGGAAGUUCCCAGACAGCCUACAACUGAGAGGUUGACAGAGAUUGGCUGCAUUGGGGCUGCAGUGCAGGCUAUCUAUCACCACUGCCUUUCUGUUGGAGCUCUGGGCUAGGAGUCAAGAUUCAAAGUCAAAACUUAAAGGUCAAAUUUUUAAGAAUAGUUUUUAAUAAUUAAGUUUAGAAAAUGAAGGCCCAUGUCGUGUGAUAGGCAUCGUUCAAGACUUCAGAUUAGGUAGUAAUGAACCCCGUCUGUAUUCAGUCAGACAGUUGACAUUGAGGGGAUGUAGAACAGCUCCAUUGUGUUCGUGUUAUAUGGGGAUUGUCGGCCAACAACGGUCUUGAGAAAAUUGUACGUUUUGUCUUCUCUGUCAGUGUUUGCCAAUAUCACCACUUGUUUUACAUCUGAGCCUUACUUUUGCAUGUUUUAUCGGAGUCCUGUCAUUUUUCCUCUAUGUGUCUAUGGCAGAUUCCUUUAGUGUUUAGUGUGUUAAGCCAUCUGUUCAAAUGAUCUCUCUCCUUGAGUGAGUCCACAAAGUCCUCUGUUGCUCAGUCCAUGCAGGGUGUACAGUUAGUUAAUAUGGUGUCUUUGUCAGCAUACCUCUCCCCCCCCCCCAGCAAAGGAUGCUGCUUCCAUUGAUACUCCAGUGUCUUCAUGUUGCAAAAACUGUUUCCUGUACUGUGUUUGGGAGUGUGGUCGAAUUUGUUCUACGUGUGUUCCUGUGAGUUUUGCGGAUGUUUGGCAAGUUGAGGAAGGUGGCUAUAUAAAUAAUUUGCCCAGGGUUAGGUUUUUAAAUCACUGAGUGCCAUUUUAUGAUUGUAACUCGUCUUAAAGACUAUUUAAAACCAUAGAGCUUUCCAGAGGAAAGCUAUUCUUUUCACUCUGCGCCUGUCUGCCCAUAUCAAAAAUAGUUCUAAAAAUAUAUAUAUUUCUUUCAUUGUUUCUUUGUCUCCCUCUUUCUCUCUAGUUCUUUCUAUCUAGUUAUUCCUCUCUCUCUUUUAUCUCUCUCUCUCUUUCUCUCUGUAUAUAACUGUGUCUCAAUGACUGUAUUUAGUAAUUUAGUCAUGCUUGUCCCUGUGGUAUCCUGUCCUGGUUCAUGUUGCCACAUGGGACCCAGGUCAGAGAGACACGUGGGCAGGAGACAGGACUCCCUGUGUUGGGUGUGACGAGUGUCUGAGUGGUAGUUCCAGCAGCCCCUUGUCUCUGGUCGUCCUGUGGUGUUCCUGACUGCUGAUGUUAUGAAGCCAUCCACUGGCUCUGGAGUUGAACUCUGGAACUCUCCAGUUCUAUCCCCGGUAGAUGGCGCGUCUGCAUGUCUGAGUGACAGUGCGGUAUGGGUCGUGUUAUUGAUUUGAUCGCGUGUAGGGUGAAUGUGUGGUGUGUGUUUAUUCUUUGAUCGUGUGCGUGCAUGCAUGUGUGAGCGUGUGUGAGUGUGUGUGUGUGUGUGUGGGUGUGCGUGUGUGAGGGAGAGAGCUACGUCAGUCUGCACUAGAUGCCUCACUCCUGUUUUCCAGCUUGACUGAAAGGUAUAGGCUAGCUAGCAGCUCAGUUAUAUGCUCUUUGUGUUACCGUGCAGGAUGGAGGGCAGACUGGGAAUGUCCACUUCAAGGAGGAUGUGACAGAUUUCAUGCAUGGGAAUAUGUUAUUUCAUCUCCAAAUAGCUAACAUUGUUAGGAUAUGUGUGUAUGUAUGUAAAUAUGAAAAGGUAAAAAUGCCCUUUUUUCAGAAAUGCUUAACUUAAAUGACCAUAUUCAGGUUGCUCUAUGGUACAGUAUGUAUUUGUAAAUGUUUUGCACCCUGAAAAACGGAAAAAUAAAUAGGAUCACAGUCUCCUCACCUCUGGAUGGAACUUUCCUGCUUGGGAUUAUCAGACACUCAUCCCUCUGGACAGAGAGUCAGUGAAUGCAGCCCUCUGUGUCCAGGCCACACAGUCCGUCCAGAGCACACCUGCUCUGUCCCCCCCUCCCCUAAAUCCUCCCCGCAGGUCUGGUCCAGGCCCCAGGAGCAAGGGCCUCUCCUCCAUCUACAGGCCUCAACUGAACUAUGAGCACAAAGAUGAACUCUGGGACAGCCGCAGUUCGCUGGCUGGAUACCCCUCUCCGGUCUCCCCUGUACCUUCCUUCUGAAUGUGUAAACCUGUACAAGUGGUGUGAAAAUUCCUCUAUUAAUGUGUAUCAAGAGAACAUUGGAAGAAAGACAAAAAAAUGGUUUCUUUUUAAAUUAUUACUAUAAUUAUUCUUCUUCUUCUCUGGGUUUGUAAACUGCUGAACCGUCUUUGGAUAGUCAGCAGCUCUUCCCCAUCUCUGGAAAAGGAGGAGGUAAACGCGACGGGGGUGAAAUGAUUUUGGAUACGCUAUUUUUAAUUGUGGUUGAAGCAAUAGACUUUUUGAACUAUGAAUUGUGCAUGGCUGUGUCUUGAGUGUAAAACAACAAAAAAACGGCAGUUUGGAAACUGGACUGAAAUUAAAAAAAAAUGAAAAAGGAGCAGUGUUUUCACUAAGUAGGC